UUUUCCUCAUAAAGGAAAAGGAUCUUCCAUUUUUGGCUCUGCUAAGAAGCUCAAAAAAGGCGAGCAGGUAAAAAUUAUAUAGCAAAUUGGGUAUUAAGUUUCAAAAAGAUACUCUAUGGUAAUGCAAUAGAGAUUUGAUAAUAGGAACGAGAUUGAGAUGAUAUAUUCCUGGAGAGGAAGUCCGGUAUCCCGGCGCCUGCUGCUCUGGCUUCUCCUCGCCGCCUGGGAGACGGGGAGCGGCCAGCUCCGCUACUCGGUCCCGGAGGAGGCCAAGCACGGCACCUUCGUGGGCCGCAUCGCGCAGGACCUGGGGCUGGAGCUGGCCCAGCUGGUGCCGCGCCUGUUCCGGGUGGCGUCCAAGGGCCGCGGGGACCUUCUGGAGGUGAAUCUGCAGAACGGCAUUUUGUUUGUGAAUUCUCGCAUCGACCGCGAGGAGCUGUGCGGGCGGAGCCUGGAGUGCGGCAUCCACCUGGAGGUGCUCGUGGAGCGGCCGCUGCAGGUUUUCCACGUGGAGGUGGAGGUGAGGGACAUUAACGACAACCCGCCCAAGUUCUUCAGGCAAGAACAAAGAUUAUUCAUUUUAGAGUUAAGAAUGCCAGAUUCGCGGUUUCCGGUAGAGGGCGCAUCGGAUUUGGAUAUCGGAGCAAACGCAGAAUUGAGAUACAAAUUAAAUCCUAACGAAUAUUUUGACUUGGAUGUUAAGACAAACGAAGAAGAAGCAAACUUUUUAGAGCUAGUUUUGAAAAAAUCUUUAGAUCGAGAAGAAACCCAAGAACAUCGUUUGUUACUGAUUGCAACUGAUGGAGGACAACCUGAACUAACAGGUACAGCUCAAGUGUUGAUUACUGUAUUGGAUGCGAAUGAUAAUGCCCCGAAAUUUGAUAAGUCCAUUUACAAUGUCAGACUGUUGGAAAAUACUCGGAAUGGGACAUUAGUUAUCAAACUGAAUGCCUCAGAUGCAGAUGAGGGCGUUAAUAAGGAAAUAGCGUAUUUCUUUAGUAAUAUUGUUGCAGACGAUGUAAAGUCUAAAUUUACAAUCAAUUCUAACAGUGGUGAAAUAAACGUUAAAGGAGAAUUGGAUUAUGAAGACUGUAACUUAUAUGAAAUUAACAUUGAUGCCGUGGAUAGAAGUACAUUCCCACUAACAGGACACUGCAAAGUAAUAGUGAAACUCCUGGAUGUGAAUGAUAAUGCCCCAGAGAUGGCCAUAACCUCUCUCUUUCUGCCUGUCAAAGAGGACGCGCCAGUCAGCACCGUCAUCGCCCUGAUCAGCGUGUCUGACCGAGACUCUGGUGCCAAUGCACAGGUCACCUGCUCCCUGACGCCCCACGUCCCCUUCAAGCUGGCGUCCACCUUCAAGAAUUACUACUCGUUGGUGCUGGACGGCGCCCUGGACCGCGAGAGCGUGUCGGCCUACCAGCUGGUGGUGACCGCGCGCGACGGGGGCUCGCCCUCGCGGUGGGCCACGGCCAGCGUGGCGGUGGAGGUGGCCGACGUGAACGACAACGCGCCCGCCUUCGCGCAGCCCGAGUACACGGUGUUCGUGAAGGAGAACAACCCGCCGGGCUGCCACGUCUUCACGGUGUCGGCGCGGGACGCGGACGCGCGGGAGAACGCGCGGGUGUCGUACGCGCUGGUGGAGCGGCGGGUGGGCGCGCGCGCGCUGUCGAGCUACGUGUCGGUGCGCGCGGAGAGCGGCGAGGUGUUCGCGCUGCAGCCGCUGGACCACGAGGAGCUGCAGCUGCUGCGGUUCCAGGUGAGCGCGCGCGACGCGGGCUCGCUGGUGGACGGCGGCCAGGCGCCCCAGGCCGCGUCGCGGGCGCUGGCGGGCUCCGCGGGCCCCGGGUCCGCGCUGGUGGACGUCAACGUGUACCUGAUCGUGGCCAUCUGCGCGGUGUCCAGCCUGCUGGUGCUGACGCUGCUGCUGUACACGGCGCUGCGGUGCUCGGCGCCGCCCCCCGAGGGCGCGUGCGGGCCGGGCAAGCCCCCGCUGGUGUGCUCCAGCGCGGCUGGGAGCUGGUCGUCCUCGCGGCCGAGGCGGCAGAGGGUGUGCUCUGGGGAGGGCCCGCCCAAGACCGACCUCAUGGCCUUCAGCCCCAGCCUUCCUCAGGGUCCCACCUCAACAGAAAACGUGAGUCUCAAAAAUCUUAAUUACAUCAGUAUUUCUUCCGUGUUGUAUAAUAUUAAAUAUGUUUCUCCAAUAUAUUAG